AUGUCAGCGGCAGGACAGGCCUUUCGGAAGUUCCUCCCCCUCUUCGACCGCGUGCUGGUGGAGAGGAGCGCCGCGGAGACCGUCACCAAGGGGGGCAUCAUGCUGCCGGAGAAGGCCCAGGGGAAGGUGCUGCAGGCCACCGUCGUCGCCGUGGGGUCCGGCUCCAAGGGAAAGGGUGGAGAGGUUCAACCUGUUAGCGUGAAAGUUGGAGAUAAAGUUCUUCUUCCAGAAUAUGGAGGCACCAAAGUAGUUAUAGACGACAAGGACUAUUUCUUAUUUAGAGAUGGUGACAUUCUUGGAAAGUAUGUAGACUGAAAUAAAUCACUAUUGAGAUGGCAUCAUGUGAAGCUGCCCAUUCCAUUGAAGUUCUGAAAUCUUUCAUCAUGUAAAUAAUUUCCGUGUCUCUUUUAUAAUAAACUAAUGAUAUCCAAACUGAU